AUGUCUCCUACAACUGGUCGAAUUUACCAUUAUCUUGCGAUCUUAGCGAAACAGAACAUGUUACAAGAGCUUUACUAUUAUGCGAAGUCUCUUUCUGUUAUCGAACCAUUCGUAGCUACACGCGAAUCGAUUCUUAAACUGUUUAAUUCUGUCAAUACUCAAAAUGAUCAAAGGAAUUAUCAACUUCCUCCUUUCGAUGUUGUCUUUAUCAGAAUAGGACAAGUAACAAGAAAAUUUCUUGAACAAGGCUAUCAGAUUUCCAAUUCUAAUAGUAUUGCGGUCCUCGCCUUCUGCUCCAAAGAAAAUCCUGUUAUGAAAGCUAUUGCACUAUUCGAGGCUAAUAAAUCUUAUGCUCAAAGCGAGAGUACUGUUACUCAGAGCGAGAGUACUGAAGAUGAUUCUUCACACUCUAUGUCCUUGCUUAGACGUGCGGAAAAACUUAGCAACUCAACUCUCGAUAUCAUUCUUCAACGCGUCGGUGAUCCAAAUUGCCUUAGUUACGUUCAUUGCACUCUUGUUUUUAUAUAUCGUAUAUCAAAUGUCUCGGGCGCAAUGAAUCUCUUGGCAGAAGCGUUCCCAUGGCCGAGGCUGAUGAUUUACUUGAAUACGUUAUUGAGAUCGAACAUUAAUCUUGAUCGCAUUCGAGCCGACGAGUUUCCAUGGCUACCCGUACUGGAGAGGGGUGAGAUGCAUCCUCUUCCGGAAGACUAUGCAAUGAGGGGUUUAGGCUUCGCCGAAAGUUUGUAUCCGAAGGAAUGGUUUCUUGAUGACAAAAGAGAGGAACAGGUAAAAUAUCAUGAAUUACGAAUAAUGGAAGAGCAUCGCAAGGAGCGAAUACUAUGGCUUGCUUGUCGUAUCUGUGAUUCUGGUUCGUGGAUUCGUUUCGACAGCUCACGACCGGGAUUUACUGUUGAUGAUAACUGA